AUGGCAUCUCCUGAAUUUGCGGACGGCUCGUUGCCGCCGGAGCAGUCCCCUCACGAUCCGCAGCCUGGGAGCGCCCAGAACGGCUCCGGCGCGUCGGAGUCUGCCGGCGACUCUGGAACGGACCAGGCGGCCCAGGGCCCAACUCCAGAUGGUAUCAUAGAGGGAAAGCAGAAUGCGAAAGCUGUCUUGGCUGCGUCUGGAGUAUCUGCGGAGUCUAGCAACGAUGCUGCCAACGGCUCACAGUCGAAUGGCACGAACGGUCCCGCUUCCAGGAAACGCUCGCGUGACGGAUCUGUGAUUCAAACCACAGGAGUUACGGAAAACAUGCCGGUGCGCGUUCGCGAUUCGUCACUAGACCAAAUCCUUUUGGAACAGUAUGUCAAUCGCGAGUUUGAACAUUCUGCCAUCACGGCCUGGCAGAACCCCAGCCAGGCGCUGCAGCAGCAAAAGCGGGCAGAGCGAGAUUUCUAUUUGACAUUGCGGCGGGAAAACCAAAUGAACCCGGCUGCAUUCUACGGAGUCGGAUACGAAGGCUUUGGAAACCCACGCACCGAUCUGCGGAAUCAACACCCACAGCUGCUGUAUCCAGCGAAUCGACGUCGCCCAGGAAACCGAAAGACACGUGAAUUGCGAAUCUCACGCCGGGAUAUGAAGGUGCAAAGCGAGCAGCUCGAGGACCUCGUGCCCAUCCGACUUGACAUCGACUGGGAGAAGGUCAAGAUUCGUGACACCUUGACAUGGAAUCUUCACGAUCGUGUUGUUUCACCGGAUCUGUUCGCCGAGAAGUUGGUGGAGGAUCUGGGACUCGCAAUGGAAACAGCCGGUCCGCUCAUGCGGAUGAUUUCACAGAGCAUCCAGGAGCAGCUGAUGGACUAUUAUCCGCAGAUCUAUAUGGAGGAAGAACCUCUCGAUCCCAGCUUGCCAUAUUCUGCCUACAAAAACGACGAAAUGCGUAUUGCGGUUAAGCUGAACAUCACCAUUGGACAGCACACUCUCGUCGACCAAUUUGAGUGGGACAUCAACAACCCGACCAAUUCUCCCGAGGAGUUCGCCCAGCGCAUGACGGACGACCUGUCCCUUUCUGGCGAGUUCACCACCGCAAUUGCCCAUUCGAUCCGUGAACAAUCCCAGCUCUUUACCAAGUCCCUCUACAUCACCUCUCAUCCAUUCGAUGGCCGUCCCAUUGAAGACCCCGAUCUGAACAGCUCUUUCCUUCCCACUCCUGUAUCAUCCGCAUUCCGACCAUACCAAUCUGCCAAGGAACACACCCCUUACCUCUAUGAGUUGAACGAGACCGAUCUCGAGCGCACUGAAAUCUCAAUAUCCCGUGAACAACGUCGGCAAAAGCGAAGCACCAACCGCCGCGGUGGUCCUGCUCUGCCAGAUUUCAAGGAUCGUCAGCGCACUAUUCGCACGCUGAUCGUAUCCUCGGUCAUUCCCAACUCCGCAUCUACUAUCGAGGAGAGCAAUGUGAUCAAACGAUCCGGCUCUCGUCGUCGCGGUAUCGGCGGCCAGCGGGAUGGUCUCGACGAUUCUGAGGAGGAAGAAAGCGAUGACUCUUCCGUUGGGUCCCCGGCUAUCGGCCCCUACCUUGCUCAGGGCACUGCGCGCACACGUGGCAUGAGAGGUGCCGCAUCGGCGGCCCAUGCGGCCCUUCGCGCUACACUGGGUCAAUCCGAGACGCCCGAGCCCGUCUUGCAUGAACCUCGAGUCUCAUCUCGCAGACAAACCUAUCGAGAAGAGAGUACUGCCGAAGAGCCUGACAAGCUCGUCGUGAAACUCAAGAUCUCGCGCGGCCGAUUCGCACAGUUCUUGUCCGAUCUCCGGGCCGGAAAGCGGCUCUCAACUCCCGCGUCGCACGCCAUGGCACCGCCAUCGGACAAGGCUCGCGGCCAUCCUCCUGCCCGUCCUCAACAGACCGGAGCUGUUGACGCGCCAAACCCCCCGGGCCUGGCGUAUCUGGGCUGGCUUGUGGCUGGCCUCAACAAACUGAAGCGAAACCACCCAAAUGACUCCUUCGAGGGCGUCAUGCGCUACUCCGCCGUGGACACCGACACCCUGGCUCCAGUCCCCAACCCCAACCACCUCCAGUCCGGCCAGAAUAUCAAAUACCAGUACCUCCCGCGCAUCCGCUGCCACGACUGCCCUGGCAAACUCUACACCCCCGGUCCAGGCAUGACCGUCGACAACUUUGAAGUCCACCUCCGCAACCGUCAACACAAGGAACGUGUCGAUGAGCGCAUCGCCAAAACAGGCGGCACGCCCGUGCCCCGCCCUGACGGGAGUAGUGCCAGUGCCAGUCCCGCACCUGGUGCGAUUGGUACUCCUGUUGCGGGAGCGAGUCCUGCUCUCGGGGCAGGUCUGCUCCCCAGCGCUUCUGCCAGUGGCAAUGCCUCUCCCUCCCCGGUCCCUCCCCAGCCAUAG